AUGGGCCUCAGUGGCUUUUUGAGAUGGGCUCGGCUGCCCGACACUGAUGUAGCCGAAUCAAACGUAUGGAUUAAUGAAGACAUCAGACCCCUUCCUCCAAGCCGUCGAAGAUGGACAACUUCAACUUUUAUAUCAUUCUGGUUGACUAAUCAGGUUGCAAUCUCCAAUUGGCAACUCGGAGCAUCCCUUGUCGCUGCUGGACUCUCUGUGUGGCAGAGCGUGAUUGCCAUCGUCAUUGGCAAGGUUAUCAUCGCCCUCGUUGCCAUCUUCAAUGGACAUGUCGGCGCACAUUGGCAUAUAGGAUUUCCAGUCGUUUCCCGAUACAUCUGGGGCGUGUACGGACAGUACAUCAUCCUGAUCCAGAGAAUCAUUCUCAGUCUGGUGUGGUUUGCUGUACAGUCGUGGACCGGAGGUUUGACAGUUGUCAACUGUCUUUCGGCAAUCUUCCCAUCAUUCGAAUCUCUAGGCAACUCCUCGCACCUCACCACCAAAGACUUCAUCGGUUGGAUCAUCUUCAACGUGCUCCUCAUUCCCAUCCUUUACAUCCGGCCGGAGAGGAUCCAGAAACUUCUUCUGGCUUUCAACAUCAUCUCCUCAAUAACCCUCAUAUCCAUCAUGAUUUGGGCUCUGGCAACAGCCGGCGAAGCGGGGUCUUUAGUUCGCCAAGGGUCAAAGCAAAUGUCGUCAAGCGAACUUGGCUGGCAAAUCGUCCAUGGCAUCACCACAGUUAUCGGAAGUAUUGCUGUCGGCUUGACCAACCAGCCGGACUACUGUCGCUUUGCUCGGAAGCCCGGAGACCAGGUCUUCGGACAAUGGUUCAGCAUCAUCUUCUUUGGAGCCAUCUUCCCUACCUUUGGCUGCUUGGCAGCUUCGGCAACUGGCGUUAUCUACGGCGAGCCGAUUUGGAACCCGCCCUUGAUCGUUCAAGCAUGGCUAGAUUCGAACUACAACGCCAAAAGCCGCGCGGGUGCCUUUUUUGCUGGCCUUGGUCUCCUCUGUAUCCAACUGAGUAUCAACUCUGUUGAUAAUGCUUUCUCCGCUGGCAUGGAUUUGUCUGGUCUGUUCUGUCGGUACAUCAACAUCAGACGCGGCGCUUACAUCGGUCUCGUGCUGAGUAUUGCACUCUGCCCAUGGGAACUCCUGUCAUCGGCAGCAGUCUUUAUCAGCGUUCUCUCCGCUUACAGCGUCUUUCUUGGUCCCAUUAUCGGCAUUCAGAUCUGCGACUACUUCAUCAUCCGUAGACGCAGGAUUAAGUUGUCAGACCUUUACCACCCGCGUCCAGAUGGUUCUUUCUACUACUAUAAGGGUUUCAACCCUAGAACCUUCAUCGCUUGGGUGUGCGGCUUUGCGACACAGCUCCCAGGUUUCGCUGCUAGCGUUACACCUAAUAGCGUCAAAGUUGCUGAGGGUUGGAUCAAUCUUUACUACCUGGCGUUCCCACUAGGCUUCGCUAUAUCGUUCUUGUUACAUCUGGGCAUCAACACCAUCUGGCCCCCUCCUGAAGCCGGUGUUAUCGAUGAGGUGGACUACUAUGCGACUUUCACUGAUGAUGAAGCAAGGAAGCUGGGAGUUUUGCCGCUUGAUACCGAGAUCAUCGAGGGCUCGCACAAGGGUGUUGAGGGGCACGACUCUGAGAAGGGGCCGCGAACAUGGCUGAAGUCUAUGCUUGGUUAG